AAAAUACCAUGUACUUGAUUCCUCAAAUCCUAUUACUACUACAGGUUGUACUUGCAACUUCUCCUACUAAGGGAUAUGCACCAGGUGCUGUUAAUUGCCCGGGAGGUCUGUUAACUAGAGCUGCUACUGGUAUCAACACCCAAGAGGAAAAUUACAUUACCAACCGUAAUCCAAUUACCAAGUCUGCUUUGGGUACGUUCCUUUCCAAUGCUGGAUUAACUGACUUUAAUGUAGCUGCCUUCUUAGGUGAAGCCCUGCCAUCAAUAGGGUUAGCAUUCAGUGGUGGUGGAUAUCGUGCUAUGCUCACUGGCGCUGGAGAGUUAGCUGCUUUGGACUCUCGAACUGGUUCCAAAGACAAGACAUUAGCUGGUAUCUUGCAAGCUUCCAGUUAUAUCGCUGGUUUAUCAGGUGGUAGUUGGUUAGUUGGAAGUGUUGCUUCCAACAAUUAUUUGUCCAUUGACCAAAUCCUUGGCAAUGGAAACUUAUGGAACAUUAAUUCUAUCUUGGAUUAUUACGGUAUUAAUAUCAUUAGUGAUGGUCUCAUGUGGACCGAAAUUGCUGAACAAGUUAAUGAUAAGUCCAAGGCUGGAUUUGAAACUAGUAUCACGGAUCCUUGGGGUAGAGCUCUUUCAUAUCAAUUGUUGAGCAACUUCAAUGAUAAAGGUGACGCCGUCCUUUGGUCAGACAUUACUACCAAUUCAGCUUUCACUUCGUUCCAAAUGCCAUUUCCCAUCUUAAUCGCUGAUGGAAGAGUAGCAGGUACUUCUAUUGUGAGUUCGAAUUCUACAGUAUUUGAAUUGACACCUUAUGAGGUUGGUUCGUGGGAUCCAACCUUGAAGUCAUUUGUUCAGACCAAAUAUAUGGGUACCGCUUUAGAUGGUGGAAAGCCUACCGGUAAAUGUUACAAUGGUUACGACAAUGCCGGUUUCUUUAUGGGCACUUCCUCAUCGUUGUUCAAUGAAGCACUUUUAUCAUUGUCUUCGUCUGGUCUUCCAUCGUUCCUUACCAAGCUUAUCUCCUCUAUAGCCAACUCAGAUGCUGAUGUUGCAGAUUACAAACCUAAUCCUUUCUACAAGAGUACCAACCAGGAUACCACUAUUUCCAAAGCUUCCGUUUUGAACUUGGUGGAUGGAGGUGAAGAUGGUCAAAAUAUUCCUAUCCUACCAUUGCUCAAUAGAAAUGUCGAUGUUAUCUUUGCUCAUGAUAACUCAGAUAAUAUUAACAACUGGCCAGAUGGUUCAUCUCUUAUCAACACUUAUGAAAGGCAAUUUACUUCACAAGGGCAAAAUAUCGCAUUCCCUUAUGUUCCUGGUCAAAGCACGUUCCGAAACUUGAACUUAACCUCUAAACCAGUAUUUUUUGGAUGUGAUGCGCAGAAUUUGACCUCGUUAACGGAGAAUAUUUAUGAUGUACCUCUCGUUGUUUACUUACCAAAUCGUCCAUUCACUUACUGGUCAAACACUUCUACCUACAAGUUGGAUUAUUCAAACGCUGCACGUAAUGCAAUGAUCCAAAAUGGUUACGAAAUCUCCACCAGAAAGAAUGGUACUUUGGAUUCUGAGUGGGCUGCGUGUAUCGGUUGUGCAAUUAUCAGAAGAGAGCAAGAAAGGUUGGGUCAGACCCAAUCUGCUCAAUGUCAACAAUGUUUUAAGAAUUACUGUUGGGAUGGUACUAUUUACCAAGGUCCUGAUUUAGGUGAUAACUACAGCGAUAAUGGGUUGACCAAGAGUGCCACUUACUACAACUCCAACAAUGUUGCUGGUUUCAGUGAUGGUGGAACAGACUUGUUCAAGUAGUUCCAGUUAGUUAUUUACGAAAUCUUUAUAGUAUUGCCGUGAUAACGCGGCUCAGAAAAUAUUAUUUGUAUUGUUA